UGUGCCCCGUAGCCAAUGGGCGGGGGUGGGGGGCGGCCCGGCCGGCGGGGAGGGGGAGCCCGCGGCCGGGGACGCGGGGGGAGGAGGAGGCGGGCUCCUAAUCCGGUUCCAUCCGGUUCUCCCACCGCCCCCGCUGUGGGUCUCAGCAGCUCGGGCGGCGGGAGGAGUGGCAGCGGCAAGGCAGCCCAGUUUCGCGAAGGCUCUCGGCGCGCCGCGGCCCGCAGGCAACCGGCACGCACCUUCCCCGCCGCCAGGAUGCCCAAGAGGAAGGUCAGCUCCGCCGAAGGCGCCGCCAAGGAAGAGCCCAAGAGGAGAUCGGCGCGGUUGUCAGCUAAACCUCCUGCAAAAGUGGAAGCGAAGCCGAAGAAGGCAGCAGCGAAGGAUAAAUCUUCAGACAAAAAAGUGCAAACAAAAGGGAAAAGGGGAGCAAAGGGGAAACAGGCCGAAGUGGCUAACCAAGAAACUAAAGAAGAUUUACCUGCAGAAAACGGGGAAACGAAAACUGAGGAGAGUCCAGCCUCUGAUGAAGCAGGAGAGAAAGAAGCCAAGUCUGAUUAAUAACUAUAUACCAUGUCUUAUCAGUGGUCCCUGUCUCCCUUCUUGUACAAUCCAGAGGAAUAUUUUUAUCAACUAUUUUGUAAAUGCAAGUUUUUUAGUAGCUCUAGAAACAUUUUUAAGAAGGAGGGAAUCCCACCUCAUCCCAUUUUUUAAGUGUAAAUGCUUUUUUUUAAGAGGUGAAAUCAUUUGCUGGUUGUUUAUUUUUUGGUACAACCAGAAAAUAGUGUGGGAUAUUGAAUUAUGGGAGGCUCUGACUGUCUCGGGGGGUCAGCGGUCAGCUUAACAUUCCAUAGAUGGGGGGUUAGUUUUUAUAUCCUAUAAUACAAAGCAUAUUAAAUGGCAAUAUGGAGUCAGUCCUGCAUUUAAUGUCUUGAACAUUUUAAAUUACUUCUGUUACCAUAUUGUUUUUUUAGUAGAAUUGUUUCCUAAAGAAAACCACUCUUUGAUCAUGGCGCUCUCUGUCAGAAUUGUGUGCACUCUGUAACAUCUUUGGUUGUGGUAGUCCUGUUUUCCUAACAACUUUGUUACUGUGCUGUGAAAGAUUACAAAUUUGAAUAUGUAGUGUAUGUGCUAUUGAGUUGUGAACUGGUGGGCCGUAUGUAACAGCUGACCAACAUGUGAAGAUACUGGUACUUGAUAGCCUCUUAAGGAAAAUUUGCUUCCAAAUUUUAAGCUGGAAAGUCACUGGAAUAACUUUAAAAAAGAAUUACAAUACAUGGCUUUUUAGAAUUUCGUUACGUAUGUUAAGAUUUGUGUACAAAUUGAAAUGUCUGUACUGAUCCUCAACCAAUAAAAUCUCAAUUAUGAAAA